AUGGCAACUACCAAGAACCCCAUUGACAAGCUGGCCUACAUCGCGAACGAAGCACAGCCUGUCUACGACAAGAAGGCACCGUCAGUGUCGCCCACAUUAUCCAACCCUGACACGGAGACAUCCAGUGUCAGCCCUGAGUUUGAGAAAAGGUUAUUACGAAAGAUCGACUUUUGGUUGGUCGGUUUCUACUCACUUGUCUAUGUUUUCCGGGUUAUAGACAGUGCCAACUACUCGAAUGCCGCAAUAAUUAACCUCGAAGCUGGCACCGGGAUCAAAAAGCAGCUUGGCUUCACCCCUUCGCAGUGGGCUUGGACACUGUCCAUUUUUUCGUACAGCUACCUGGUGUUCGAGCCUACCAACACAAUCUUGCUGAAGCUUUUCAAGCCUUCCAGAUGGAUGUUCAUUUUGAUCAUGGCGUGGGGUGUCUCGGCUUGCUGCUCGGCGGCAGCCAUGAACUUCUCAGGCAUGAUGUGCGUAAGGUUCGCCAUAGGAAUGACCGAGGCGGGCUUCUUUCCGUCCGUGUUGUACCACUAUGCCUUCUGGUAUAAGCCUGUUGAGAUGCCACAGCGGAUAGCCUUCUUCUACUCAGUGGGACAAGUUUCGAGCGCACUAUCUGGCCUACUGGCUUAUGCCAUCUCGCAUAUGGACCAGCUUGGAGGCCUUUCUGGCUGGAGGUGGUUGUUCCUCUUGGAGGGCUUGCCUGCGAUAAUUCUUGCCUUCUUCGCCUUCUGGCUACCGGACUAUCCAGACACAGCAAAGUUCCUGACCGAGGACGAGCGGUCAUUCAUGAAGAGCAGAUUGGCGAGUAAUGCACCAAAGGGGGAGGAACACUGGGAUUUUUCAUCGCUGAAAGUCAUGGCCAAAGACCCAACGUUGUAUACCUUCAGUUUAUAUUGGAUCUGCCACGGUAUUGGAGGUUUCGGCGUCGGUUUCGCUCUGCCCACUGUCAUCUAUCAACUUGGCUUCACAACCACGGCGUACUCACAGUUGAUGAAUAUUCCCCCUUACGUUUCGGCAUUCCUGCUGUUGAACGCGCUAGGCUUUAUGCUGCAGAGAAGGUGGAUCAGACCUUGGGUCACCGCUAUUGGAAUUGAGUCGACAACUAUAAUCUGCUACAUCAUUCUCUUAACUGUCGACAACCCAGUCGUCCGGUACCUCUGUUUGGUAGUCGCUGUAGCCUGCGCUGGCUGUGCGUAUCCGGUCAUUUGGCCUGAACGUAUCAGAGCAUUAGAGGGUACAGUAGCAUCGGGUAUUGGCAUUGGUUUGACGAAUGCUUGUGCACAAUUCAGUGGUAUUGUGGGGCCUCACGUCUUCAGCACAGUCUUUGGCCCAAGAUACUGCACGUCGUAUGCGACCAACCUCUCGGUCCUUGUGGUUGGGAUCUGCGCGAUUUUGACAAGCUGGCUGCUUGUGAUCAGGAAAGACCGGAAGCGCGCAGAUCUGACGAAGCAAGGCUGA